AUGCAGGAUUUUCUCAGGAGGAACCACAGCUCUAUUACUGAGUUCAUUCUUUUAGGAUUCUCUAGUGAUACACAAACAAAUGUUAUUCUCCUUAUUCUUUUCCUCUUCCUCUACCUCAUUACACUUUUAGGCAAUGGACUUAUUAUCACCCUAAUAUUUAUGGACUCCCGCCUCCACACACCGAUGUAUUUUUUCCUCUGUGUCCUUUCCAUUCUGGAUACAGUAUAUGUCACCACCAUAGUGCCUCAGAUGCUAGUGCAUAUGGUUUCCCAGAAGAAGACCAUCUCUUACCUUGGGUGUGCAGUCCAGAUGUACAUCUCCCUAAUGCUGGGCAUCUCAGAGUUUUGGCUUUUUGCUAUCAUGGCUUAUGACAGGUAUGUGGCCAUUUGCCACCCUCUCAGAUAUAAGGUCAUUAUGAGCCCUCUUCUGUGUGGGUCAAUGGUGGCCUUUUGUGGAUUCUGGGGCAUCAGCUGUGCCCUUAUAUACACAGUGUCUACUAUGAUUCUUCCCUAUUGUGGACCUAAUGAAAUAAAUCACUUCAUUUGUGAAGUUCCUGCUGUCUUGAAGUUAGCCUGUACAGAUAUAUCUCUCAAUGACCGACUGGGCUUCAUCUUGGGAUUCUUCCUUCUGAUAGUCCCACUAUCCCUCAUCAUUCUUGUCUAUUUCAAUAUCUUUUCUGCCAUCUUGAAGAUCCGCUCAACCCAGGGGAAGCUCAAGGCCUUCUCCACUUGUGCCUCCCACAUCACUGUGGUCACUAUGUUCUCCAUACCAUGCAUGGUUAUGUACAUGAGGCCUGGCUCUGAGGCCUCUCCAGAAGAUGACAAGAUGCUAGCUCUUUUCUAUACUGUAGUUCCUCCUUUUCUCAACCCUAUCAACUACAGCCUCCGGAACAAAGACAUAAAGAAGGCUUUCCUCAAAGUGACUGGGUGGGGACAAGUACCAGAAUGA